AUGUCAUACUCAACAGACGAUCAAACCGAGGCCACAGAAACGACUGGGUUGCCCUUGGAGGACAGAUUGGAGGAAGCCAUGACACUGCUGGACAUUGGGCUUCAGAAGCUGAUCGGAGUCAAGAAAAGCAUACCGGGGGUGAAGGUCACAAAAUCCAACAAUGAUUUGCCUUCAUUGAUUGGCAUUGCCCCAGCCUCACCCAGUCUUCGGAGAAAGGUUGAGGGGUUGAUGCCAGGCGAUAUUGACCCAGAGAUAUGGGAUGUCGAUGACGAAAUCGAGGACGAAAUCCGCAAACGCCUUUGGCUUCGAUGCCAGACGGGUAUUCGGUCGGAUCCGAUCCAAAGAAUCAGCACAUCUCAGACAAACGCAGAUGACAAUAGGCAGGAGGAAGCUCCCCAGAGACUCCUUGGUGGACCAAAGUCUGCGGAGGAGAGAUGUGGUCCUCCUGAAUGCGGAGAGGCCAUCAUCAACCCUCUCCAUUACGCUUCCACAGCGAACCGACUCGCACACUAUUGCGGCAUUCCAGAAGGCAUUUACGACGACGAUAACGACUAUGAUGAGGGAUACGAUGCUGAUGACAGCCCCUCAGAGACCGAUUCAUUUUCACCUUACUCUUCCUCCGACAUUGGAGCCCUUCAUUCAGACGACUGGCAAGGCAGUUCCGAAGCUGAGUACUUCUACACAGAUGGACAAGGGAAUGUGGUCACCCUCCAGCAGGAUAGUGAUUCUACAGAACCAGAGGCCGUAGGAUGGGAUCGCAGCUCGAGUAUUGACACCAUGGACUUUGAAUAA